AUGUCUUUGGAAUAUCGCCCUCGAGAUGUCCCCGAGGUCUUCCGCGAGGUGUUGAGUUUACUCGAUGAACUCUCCGAAGCCGUCGGUGAUGGAAAUGAGAGCGAUUUUGAGGACGACGACAGAGAAGAUCUCGGGGCGGUUACAGACGAAGCGCCUGACAUUCUUGACAUUGCAUCAGACUGUGUCGGCAAUCUAUUCAGAAUCUCGAUGCUGAUUCGGAAGGCGACGCCGCGAGACCGGUUCGCCAAGACGCUUCAGGACCGGCGACACCCCUUUAUGGACCAGUUCGAUAUCAACUACGUUCAAGAGAGAUAUCCACGAUUAGCGCAUCCGGGGAAAAGAUGGCUACUUGAGCGCCUGGGGCGCGCCAUCACAAACCGGAGGCAGUAUUUGCGCUACUGCCGUGAGCACAAAGAACGACUUGAGCAACCAUGCAUCGAACGGAGCUCAGCUUCAGCCAAUGUGGCGCCCGUAGCAGAGCUUUUGAACAAUUUGUCUGACCCAAACAGAGUUGGGCCUCAUGCAGCGAGGCAGGAAAAUUUUGAAUCUGUUGAACAGCCGUCUACAAACCUACCCAAUAAGGCGCCGCAGAGCCUGUGGGCGGAGCCCUCGACCAAAGCAUCGACACUGGACAAUACACGCCUUAAGGUCAUAAUGGGGCAGCCAGACGACUACAACGGUGAUGAGGAUGAAGAUGACGGUCGGACGUAUUCUUCGGCCGCCUCGUCGGUUUGCCUCGAGGAAGACGGGGCCCCUCUCCUCCUUCCGUCACUAGGAGAUGUCAGCCAAGGCAGCCCCGAAUUCGAGUGCAUUCUCUGCCGCGGGAUUAAACGAUUUACCCGAGAGAAGACCUGGAGGCGACUCGCGUAUCGCGAUCUCAAAACCUGUGUCUGCACGCUCGGGGAUGGGGAAUGCAGUCUCGAGAUGUUUAGCGACCAAAAGACAUGGUUUGAGCAUGAAAUGGAAAGACACCGGGGGGCUCAUAUCGCGACUCGUCACGCCGAGCUCGACAGCGCCCAAGUGUCAGCUCUCAUCAGCGUGAGCAACUCAAUGCCAAACGCCAUUCCAGCUCAGGACUGUCCGUUUUGUGGCGAGUGGGAGCAGAAGUUGAGACAAACGCUUUCUGGGAAUGGCAGUUCUCGUUCAGGUGAUAAUUCUGACGAGGUUGUGACGGUGGACCCGCAGCAGUUCCGCCGACACGUUGGGGAGCAUCUCCGUCAACUAUCUCUGUUCGCAAUCCCUCGCGCGCCCGAAGGUUCUGGCAAAGGAGGCAGCUUCAGUGUUGGUGGCAGAGCCCGGAGCUCAUGUAACAACCCCAGUCAGAUGUGGUCGUCGAAUGGCAAGCUGUCCUUCCGGACCGUGUCUGUUCCUAGCGUGGAAAUCGAAAUGCCUCUUGGGCCUGAGACCCGCGAGUCAGAGGGAAUCGAGUCAGGGGAGGCGAACCAGAAGAAAGCGACCCGGAGGAAGGAGAGCCAGAGGAAGGCGGGUCAAAUGGUCGCAGGCUCCAACAAGGGCCAAACGAAGGAUGAGACUCAAAAGAAGAACCAGAAAAUGAUCAUCAUAUCGAAGGCAGGGAAGAUCCGGAGUAUCGACCACACGAUGCAAGAGGUCAGGGAUAAGAAUAGACGGAACAAUGCCUCACUGAAAUUCAUGCAGUUCGAGUACUGGCUGAGAAACGACCAUCGCAUCCCCACAGGCGAAAAGAAAUGUUCGCAUGCAUAA